UUUUCAAGGAAAAAAUCAAAGAGAUAUCAAGAAACUGAAAGUAUGCUCUCCAAGGCAUAGAGUCUUCAGGUAAACUGGAAUUCUUACAUUAUCAAGGUACAUGAGACAGUGCCGCAGCUAUGAGUGGAAUUUUAAAGAGGAAGUUUGAAGAAGUUGAUGGCUCUUCACCCUGCUCCUCUGUGCGGGAAUCGGACGAUGAAGUUUCCAGCAGUGAAAGUGCUGACAGCGGAGACAGUGUCAAUCCAUCCACUUCCAACCAUUUCACCCCUUCCUCCAUUCUCAAAAGGGAGAAGCGGCUGAGGACAAAGAAUGUGCACUUCAGCUGUGUCACGGUGUACUACUUCACCAGGAGGCAAGGCUUCACCAGCGUGCCCAGCCAGGGGGGCAGCACCCUGGGCAUGUCCAGCCGCCACAACAGCGUUCGCCAGUACACGCUGGGCGAGUUCGCCAGGGAGCAGGAGCGGCUGCACCGGGACAUGCUGAGGGAACACCUCAGGGAGGAGAAGCUGAACUCUUUAAAAUUAAAGAUGACUAAGAAUGGCACAGUAGAAUCUGAAGAGGCUAGCACUCUUACAGUGGAUGACAUUUCUGAUGAUGAUAUUGAUUUAGACAACACAGAAGUAGAUGAGUACUUCUUCCUACAACCUCUGCCGACAAAAAAGCGAAGAGCCCUGUUGAGAGCUUCUGGAGUGAAAAAGAUCGAUGUCGAAGAAAAGCAUGAGCUGAGAGCUAUCCGUCUAUCACGGGAGGACUGUGGCUGUGACUGCAGAGUGUUCUGUGAUCCUGAAACCUGCACCUGUAGCCUUGCAGGCAUUAAGUGUCAGGUGGAUCGUAUGUCUUUUCCAUGUGGCUGCACGAAAGAAGGAUGUAGUAACACCGCAGGUAGAAUCGAAUUUAAUCCUAUCCGUGUCCGGACUCACUUUUUGCACACCAUAAUGAAACUUGAACUGGAGAAAAACCGAGAGCAGCAAAUCUCAACCCUGAACGGCUGCCAUGGCGAAUUAAGUGCUCACAGCAGUGCCAUGGGCCCUGUGGCUCACUCUGUAGACUAUGCCAUUGCAGACAAUUUUGAGAUUGAGACAGAACCCCAGGCUGCAGUGCUGCACCUGCAGUCUGCGGAGGAGUUAGAUUGCCAAGGAGAUGAAGAAGAGGAGGAGGAGGAGGAUGGAAGCAGUUUUUGCAGUGGAGUCACGGAUUCCAGCACACAGAGCCUGGCCCCUAGCGAAUCAGAGGAGGAGGAGGAAGAGGAGGAGGAAGAGGAGGAGGAGGAAGAGGAGGAAGAGGAGGAGGACAAAAGAGACAGCUAUGUGGAAGGUUUGGGCACCCAUGCUGAAGUUGUCCCUCUCCCUUCAGUCCUUUGUUACUCUGAUGGCACUGCUGUUCAUGAAAGCCACACAAAAAAUGCGUCUUUUUAUGCCAACUCUUCACCUCUGUAUUACCAAAUAGAUAACCACAUUCCAGGAACUCCUAGCCAGAUCUCUGAGAACUAUUCUGAAAGAGAUACUGUCAAAAAUGGUACCCUUUCGUUGGUGCCUUAUACCAUGACCCCAGAGCAAUUUGUUGACUAUGCCCGACAAGCAGAAGAGGCCUAUAAUGCCUCCCACUACCCAGCUGCCAACCCCUCUGUAAUCGUUUGCUGCUCCUCUUCUGAAAAUGAAAAUGGGGUGCCCUGCAAUAGCUUGUAUCCUGAGCACAGGUCUAAUCAUCCACAAGUGGAAUUUCACUCAUACUUGAAAGGCCCUUCCCAGGAAGCGUUUGUCUCCACAUUGAAUGGUGACAGUCAUAUUUCAGAGCAUCCUGCUGAAAAUCCUUUGAGCCUUGCAGAAAAGAGCAGAUUGCAUGAAGAGUGCAUCAAAUCACCUGUGGUGGAGACUGUUCCUGUCUAGUUGCUUAAUUUAUUCUAUUAUAGGAUCAGCUCUUCUCCUAUUUAAGGCACUGUAUUUAAUUGAAUCUCCUUGGUUAUUUAAACCGAAGACUAAGAAAACUUGGCCUGUGAUUAAACUUCCAGACCUUAUUUUGUGUUCUCCUUUCUAGCUUCCUGAGUAUGGCAUUGCACAAAUACAGUCGUUAUGGGGAUUUUAAAAGAUUUCAGACUGUUUUGAUAGAAUAUGCUACAUUUUAGAAAUGCAUAUCUCACAGUUGCCUACCUGUCAAACUGUGUGAAACCUGCCAAGCAGUGCAGAUCAGAGCUCCAAGUUUUGGAAUAUCGGGCCUGUGCAAGAUUGUUCACUAAAACUAGAAAAAAUAGUAAGAUUUUAGAGGCUUAAUUUUCGAUAUAUCUGAAGAUGAUGGUGACUUUUUCAUGUAAAAGUAAUUAUUGUCAAAAAAUGAUUUACUUGUUUCAUGUGUAUUUUAUUUGUGGUAGUUUAGGAGUCAUGUUUUGUUGCAAACAAGCAGCAGCACGUUCACACGAGCUGAAGAUACAAACAUGGCUAGCACCACAGAGCAUGCCCACAAGGACUGCAUCGGGAAUCCACUCCUGUUUUUAUGAACAUGACUGAACAGAUUGCAAAUACUUUCUUAAGGAUGAAAAAGGCCUAUUUUUGCUAUUUGGGACACAUAAAUGAGUCUAUGUGUGCAGGUCUUUACACAGUUUUCUCUAAAGUUAAGACUUAGGACAAUCCUCUAGGGAGGGUGCAGUUCGCUGCCCUCCCUCAGCUGUCUCCCUAGAUGGAGGUAGAAGGAAUUGCCUUUCUUUUUCUUUUCUUGUUUUUUUUUUCUUAAUUAUUAUUUUUGGGUUUUUGGGGAAAAAAAAAAACCAGUGUCAUCUUGGUUCUUAGCUUGGACAGCACCUUUAAACUCUACCCCCGAUAUCAAAAUGCACUUUAGUGCCCCUUCACAGUACCUUCUGUGGAGUGGGGACUGAGAAUUCUUUGAAGUAAAAAAAAAAAAAGUUCUGUAACUAUUAUUAUAAGAUUCAUACUUUUUUUAAAAAAAAAAAUCAAGGAAUCAUUCUAUGAUGCUUCUGAAGAAAAGAAAAUUGCUGUUCUCUCUCACCAUCCUGAGGACCUAACUCAGUAAACACAUAGGAGGCUGAGGAGACACGGAAGACCAGGAUCUCAGCAGCCAGCCCAGCCCGUUCUACAGUGCAAUCAAUCAUCCUUACAAAAAACAUACCGUGAGAUGGCCACUUAGUGACUAGCUGAUCGAAGGGAGGCCUUUACCCAAAUACUCAACUAGGCCUUACUUUUCUGACACAGUUUGAUUCAUAUUGCCUGGGACAAUUAGCAAAGCAGUCCAGAGUGCAUUGCAGCCUUUCUAAUUACCUCACAUGCACUUCCUGCCUAUAGAUUACCUGCACUUGCUUCAUCGGAGGACUUUUAGAAACCUCUUUUCUGUAAAUUAAUUUAGGAAACUAAAUAGCUUGUUCUAUCUUUUUCCCCUCAAUGCAGUAUAUUUAUGCUAAAUAUGUUUCCCAUUUUUGACCUGUGUUAUUCUAUCAUUUCACAUUUUAAGACUCCUUCAAAAUACAAACAUGCCUUGCUAUUUAAUGACAUUAUUACAUUUUUAAACAUGUCUUUUAGAUUUGGGUAUUUUGAAAUGUGAAUACAAAUAUAGUGUAGGUCUCAAUUCCUUAAAAAUACUAUUUUAUUUUGUUGAACUUAAGAAUGUUUGAUCUAGAAAAAAGUCCUCCAGUGGAAAAGUUCCUACUAAAAUUUGAUGUGGGAGAAACCGGUUUGCUUGGCAGCUCUUGUUCUGUGUGGUUGGUUCCUGACUCUCUGGACCCAACUCUGGGCCAAAUGUAUAGCCAUGAAUAGCAACAUUAAAAGAGCUUUGGGUUUAUCAUGAUGGAGGUAGCUGUAAUGAGGGCAGAAAUGUUCCUUCUGAAUGACCUGUCCAGCUCUAAUCUAAAUGGGAGCUUGCUCACUUCUCAGUACUAUAUUCUUGUAUAUCUGCAAAAUUACAGACAUUAAGGCUUCAUCUCCAGUUUUCCCUCUGACGGUAUAACCUACAAAAACACAGUUCCAAAGAGAAAAUGGUUAAGAGUCUACUGUUCAUUCAAGCAUAUGGAAGAAUUAUGUUCUUUAGCUUCUGGGCCAUUAUAUCCUCUGAAAGGAUUUCCAUGUAAGGCACUCUUGGGCUGUUCUUGGAACACAGUGCAUGGGAAGUGGGGAGGAGCCAACUCUGGUUGUGUCACAGUUGAAGGGUAGAAUGACAGUCCAGUUUCUGAAUGGACAGAUAUUUUCAUUUUUAUCAAGCUUGAUCUUCACAAGAUUAUUUGAAGGCUCCAUCUAUUUUUAUGUUUGGCUAGGUUGCUAUUUUGUAGCCUUGGAGGUGGGGGCGAUGAGAGAGCUAUUUCCUUCCAUCUUUCCAUUUAGGGUAGAAAGUCACCACCCUACUAAAAAGAAUUUGCUUUUUAAAUAUGAUAACCCCCAAAUUUUUAUAUGACUAACUAACUAAUGGAUAUGUAAAUCGCAUACACAGAUUCCUAUAAAAAAUACCCACAUGCACUGUGCCUAAAUCACAUAUAUACAUGGACUACAAGUAUAACCCACAUAGAGACAGAGUUUAGGCUGUGACUGGUAACAAAUACUUGAGCUUUCCUACUCUAGAAUCUGGAUGAGUUUUAUGAUCUAAAAAUGUGGUUUUAAAAAGUGUAAUUUUUAAAGUAAUAGUUUGAAUAUAUAGGGUAAGGUUGCAAAUAACAUUGAUGGAAUCAUUUCCUUGGUACUUCCUUUCCCAGGAAAACUGGAAGAACACAAGAACUUUUUCCCAUCAAUAAAAAGCUUUUAUAUUCAACUAAAACUGCCCCUACCCAACAGAGUGCUACACUUAUUCUUAGCUUUAAAGGGGGAGAUUAAGUUAGAGACAAGCUAGUUGGAUAUUUAAGAUCCUUGUUCCAGUACACAGUGAUGUGACCUACAGCUGUUGUGUUACCCUAUAAUAUAGCUAACCAAAUAAGAGUCUUUGUAUACACACUUUUUAUUCAUUCACUGUUGAUUGCUCUAAACCCUGUUGUUUUUAGCACCAGCCAUAUAUCUUUAAAUAGAAAUUAAUUUCCUCUUAUAAUCCUGGCCAAAUCGAUUUGCUAGCCAAAUGUCAAGAACAGCCUGCAUGUUGUUUAUCAUUCUUGAUUUU